AGAAGCCCGGAGCUGGACCACUGCGACGGUGUGUCUUGAAUAGUGUCUGAGAACAACUCACCCCAAAGAGCAACAUGACCCUUAACUCCUCUAAUGAAGAUGGAAUUAAAAGAAUCCAAGAUGACUGUCCCAAGGCAGGCAGGCACAACUACAUUUUCGUCAUGAUCCCUACUCUCUACAGCAUAAUCUUCGUGGUGGGAAUAUUUGGAAACAGCUUGGUGGUGAUUGUCAUUUACUUUUACAUGAAGCUGAAGAAUGUAGCCAGUGUUUUUCUUCUGAAUCUUGCCCUGGCUGAUUUAUGCUUUUUAUUGACUUUGCCACUGUGGGCUGUCUAUACCGCUAUGGAAUAUCGCUGGCCCUUUGGCAAUCACCUAUGUAAGAUCGCUUCAGCCAGUGUCAGUUUCAACCUCUAUGCUAGUGUGUUCCUGCUCACCUGUCUCAGCAUUGAUCGCUACCUGGCCAUUGUCCACCCAAUGAAGUCUCGCCUCCGCCGCACGAUGCUGUUGGCCAAAGUUACCUGCAUCAUCAUCUGGCUUCUGGCUGGCUUGGCCAGUUUGCCGGUAGUCAUUCACCGAAAUGUAUUUUUCAUUGAGAACACCAAUAUCACAGUUUGUGCUUUCCAUUAUGAAUCUCAGAACUCAACACUCCCCAUUGGGCUGGGACUGACCAAGAACAUUCUGGGCUUCCUGUUCCCUUUUCUGAUCAUUCUCACCAGCUACACUCUAAUUUGGAAAGCCCUAAAGAAGGCUUACGACAUUCAGAAGAACAAGCAGAGAAAUGACGACAUCUUUAGGAUAAUUAUGGCAAUCGUGCUUUUCUUUUUCUUUUCCUGGGUUCCCCACCAAAUAUUCACUUUUCUGGAUGUGCUCAUUCAGCUGGGCGUCAUCCGCAACUGUAAAAUCGCUGACAUCGUGGAUACUGCCAUGCCUAUCACCAUCUGCAUAGCUUAUUUUAACAAUUGCCUGAAUCCUUUGUUUUAUGGCUUUCUGGGGAAAAAAUUUAAAAACUAUUUCCUCCAGCUUCUGAAAUAUAUUCCCCCAAAGGCUAAGUCCCAGUCAAGCCUGUCGACAAAAGUGAGCACUCUUUCUUACCGCCCUUCAGAUAACAUGAGCUCAUCAGUCAAGAAGCCUGCAUCUUGUUUUGAGGUCGAGUGA